AUGAGUGCAUCAAGAAUAUACCUUUCUGGAGCUAAGAAAAGAGCAAAGAAAAGAAGAGUAGAAGAACUAGUGAAGUCUCAGUCAGGUUCUCUGUUAAAGUAUUUUAAGAAACCAGCAUCGCUUGGAACUGAUGAGGACCAUGAGGUUGAUGGAACUAGUGAGGAUAGUAGUGAAACUGGUGAGGUUGAUGGAUCUGAACCAGAUGAUGAGGUUGAUGGGGUUAGAACUGGAUAUGGAAACCAUGAUCAAGAAGAGAAUAGGGAUAGAGCUGAGAUAGAUGAUGAAGAUGUCAACUCAAAUGCAGCGGACGAGCAUUUUAAAGAAGAUGAUUCAGCCUUUGAUCUUAUGGAUCCUGGAAAUUGGAGAAAAAUUGACCAGAAGUUAAGAGAUUAUUUGGUUGAGAAAGGUCCUCUCCCACCACCAUCUGAAGAUUAUAUUUUCCCCAAAAAUGAAAGUGGUAGACACUUUUCACAUAGAAAUUACAAAAGGAUCAUGAAGAAUGGAGAUAUGCAGCACCGGCGUUGGUUAGUUUAUUCAACAACAUUCGACAAGAUCUAUUGUUUUUGUUGCAAGUUGUUCACCCGUUAG